UCUCUCUGUCUCUCUGCGACUGAGACUCGAAUGAUCAGUCUCUCUUUCUGUUCUCUACACAAAGACCCCACACCCACUCCAUCUUCAUACAAAAUGUCAUCUAUGGACACAUCUACGUCGUCGACGGCUCCCGCCGCAACGUCCGAGCUGACCUCGGCCGACUACUACUUUGACUCGUACGCCCACUUUGGCAUCCACGAGGAGAUGCUCAAGGACUCUGUUCGCACGAACGCAUACAAGCACGCCAUCGAGCGCAACAAGCACGUCUUCAAGGGCAAGACCGUCCUCGACGUUGGCUGCGGCACGGGCAUUCUGUGCAUGUUUGCUGCCCGCGCUGGCGCAAAGAAGGUCAUUGGCAUUGACUGCUCCAACAUUAUCGACCAGGCCAAGGUCAUCAUCAAGGACAACGGCUUUGAAAACACAAUCACCCUGAUCAAGGGCAAGGUCGAGGAAGUCACCCUCCCCGUCGACAAGGUCGAUGUCAUCAUCUCAGAGUGGAUGGGCUACGCCCUCCUGUACGAGUCCAUGCUCGACACUGUUCUGUUUGCCCGCGACAAGUGGCUUGCUCCCGGCGGUGUCCUGUACCCCGAUCGUGCUUGGAUCAAGAUGGUCGCCAUCGAGGACGCUGACUACAAGGAGGAGAAGAUUAACUGGUGGAACACUGUCUAUGGCUUCAACAUGAGCUCAAUCCGCAACAUUGCCCUGCACGAGCCUCUUGUCGACACCGUCGAUGCUCGUCAAAUUGUCAGCGAGGCUGCCACCGUGCAAGAGAUUGACUGCGCCACCGUCACCAAGGAGGCGCUCGACUUUACCGCGCCCUUCCAGCUUGCCGUCAACCGCGACGACUACGUCCAUGCCCUAGUUUGCUAUUUCGACAUUGCUUUCACCGCCACGCACAAGACCGUCGGCUUUUCCACUGGCCCCGAUGCCCCUUACACUCACUGGAAGCAGACCGUCUUCUACCUGGACGAUUUCCUGACCGUCAAGGCCGGCGAAGUCAUUAACGGCACUCUCAGCAUGAAGCGCAACGCCAAGAAUCCCCGCGACAUUGACAUUACUCUCCGUGUUGAUUUCGAUGGCGAGCACUCAAGUCUGCACGAGACCAUCCCCUACCGCAUGCGAUAAAUCACGCUGGUGCUUUGAUCUUUUUUUUUUUUUCGAGUGCGAAUUAAUUUUUUUGUUUCUUUUCCAACUAUUCAAACUGUUUAAAUGUCCUGAUCUUGGCCUGAGUUCAUUCUCAUUGUGAAAAGCAACUCGCGCCGUUUCCCGCACCUUUCCC